AAGCUGUCCGACGCACAGUAUUCAGCAUCGUCUCAACAGGACGGCACGUCGCGCGAUACCUUUCGCGUACGUGCGAAUAUUUUUCAGCGAAGGAAAAUAAGAAAAGAAGGAAGGAAGGAAGGAAAGAAGGAAGCAAAGUAAAGAAAAGAAAAGAAAAGAAAAGAGAAAAAAAGAUUAAAAAGGAGAAACAGAAGGACUAACGAAACGAAGUAAAGAAAAGGAAGAAUAAGAAGAAAUAGGGAGAGAGAGAAAGAGAGAGAGAGAGAGAGAGAGAGAGAGAGAGAAAGAGAGAGAAUCAGGUCGCCAUCUUUACGGAAGCAUUUAUCCUCGAACCAACAAUUCACUUGUCAUGGAUAAUAUUACGAAAUAAUAUUGGCUCUACCUCUUUUUGUCCUUCUGUCUGUUCGUUUGCUUGUCCGUUGAUCCGUCUUUGCGUUCUGUAAUCGUGCGUCCGAAUAAUUUCGAGUGAGAUCGAUCGGCGGUCGCGUGUAACACGGUGAACGCACAUUCGAGCUUUCAUUUCCUUUCGUAUAAUAGGAAAGGAAGGAAGGAAGGAAAGAAGAGACUUGGAGACACAGACUUAUUCGAUUCACGAAAGAGAAAACUGAAGGUUUCGUUAAAUUGAUUAGCGUGACUUCGCGAUAUUCCAACUCUCCGUGUCUUGCACUCUUCGGUGAGUGAGCAAGUAAGUAAGUAAGUAAGUAAGUGAUUGAGUGAGAGUGAGUGAGCGCGCGAGCACGAGCAAGUGUGGCAAAGUGGUAUCAUAGCUACUACUAUUACUAUUACUACUGUAUUCGAGAGAAAGAAAGAGAGAGAGAGAGAGAGAGAGCGAGCGAGAGAGAGAGAGAGAGAGGGAGAGAGGGAGAGAGAGAAAGUGUCAGUGAACGAGGUAAACCAAAAGAGAGAAAGCAAUAGACGACAAUAUACAUAUACAUGCAGUUUGUUGCUAGCGCGAACGCUUUCUGGCGUUCGAUUAGAUUAUUAAAUAUUUGUUGAAAGAAGAUAGUAGAAGGAAGAAGAGACAAAAAAGAAAGAAAGAAAAAGAUAGGAAAAAGGAAAAAAGAAAAGGAAAAGAGAGGAAGAUAAAAGUUUCAAAUCAUAGAGGAAGAUAAUAACAAUAAGAGAGAAAUAUAUCGAAGGGUGUUGUUGGACAUUCGUGAUCGAAAGAAGACGCGACGAGGAGUACCCGGGUGCUGGUGCUGCUACUGCUGCGGUAGUGGUGGUGGCACGAACGACGAUGAAGAUGGCGCGAGGCGCGGAGGAGGAUCUCUGCUGACCCAUUUUUUCGCGCGAACAACUUGCCGUUUGUCUGCCGUCCAAAGCGGAGUCCUUGCAUUUCUUCUAUCAACGAAGAAAAGGAUCUCGACGUCUGUCAACUCGGUGACGCCCUUUAAUGGUGGUGUCGGCGGCGGUGACGGCGGCGGCGGCGAUGGUGGUUGUUGUUAUUCUGUAGUAGUAGUAAUAGUAAUAGUAAAAGUACUACCAGUAAUAAUACUAAUAAUAGUAAUAGUAGUUAUAACAGACGAAAAGGGAAGAAGAGGAGGAGGAGGAGGAGGAAGAAGAAGAAGAAGAAAAGGGAAAGGAGGAGGAGGACAAAAAGAAGAAGAAGUAGUAGUUGGAGUUUGGAGGAGUGAACGAAAUAGUGGCGGAGGAGAAGAAGACGGGACGGAAGGAAGAAAGAAAAGAAGAGGAAGAGGAGGAAAUUUUAGAGAGGAGGAAGACGAGGAGAAGGAGAAGAAGGAGGAGGAGGAGGAGGAGGAGGAGACUCUGUCGGUGCAGCAAUUCCGGUGACACGGUGGUUCGUGGCUCGUGUUAGUACUGAUCUAACAGAAAUAGGAACAUAUAAUAAUAAAUAGAAAUAAAAAGUAAAGGUAAUCGAAUUGAAUUAAAUUAUAAUUAUUAUUGUAAUUAAACUGUUUCAACGGUGAUAGAUAAAAUUAACGGUCAAUCGAGACCGAAGGAUAAAAGUAGCCGGUAAUAUUAGAUCGGUGUGUCGGUGUUCCUCGGUGAAUCGAGUUUCGAAGCGUGCCGUAGAAGUGUAAAACGCGGUGCGUGCGUGCGUUCGUUCGUUCGUUCGUUUCUUCGUUCGUUCGUUCGUUCGUUCGUUCGUUCGUUCGUUCGUUCGUUCGUUCGUUCGUUCGUUCGUUCGUUCGCUCGCCCGCCCGCUCGCGUGUACGUACGUGCGUGCGUGCGUGCGUGCGUGCGUGCGCAUGUGGAGGAGGAAGGUUCGUUCGCGAGUAACGACGAGCGGCGGCGACAGCGGUGGUGGUCGUGGUACUGGUGGUGGUGGUAGUGGUGGUGGUGGAGGUGGUGGAGGUGGUGGCGGCGGUGGCGGCGGUGGUGGCGGAGAGUUGGCGGCCUCGUGAAGACUGGAAGGAAGUUUUUGGUUCUCUCUUCAGGAAGAGAGAGAGAGAGAGAGAGGUGGUUGUGUUUAAAGGGUGAAGAAAGAGAGAGACAGAGAAAGUGAGGAGAAGGGGAAGGAGUAAAUCAAAAUUGUGAAAAGGCCGGAGGUGGUCGACGGGCCCCUGAGAGGAAUAACAAGAGGAAGAGAGCGAAGGAGGAGGAGAGGAGGAGGAGGAGGAGGUGGCUCGAAGGUUGGACCGAAAGAGGUGAAGGUGUCCGCUGGUGGUAAGCGAAAACACGGUAUUCUCGAAAUUUUCGAGCUCCGCGGAGCCCUGGCAGGCUCGGGAACGAGCGCGGCUGCUAAAAUGGGCAACAAUGCCGCGACCGCAAACAAGAAGGUCGACGCCGCCGAGAGCGUCAAGGAGUUCCUCGACAAGGCGAAGAAAGAGUUCGAGGACAAGUGGAAGAAGAAUCCAACGAAUACGGCCGCACUCGACGAUUUCGAGCGAAUAAAGACGCUCGGUACCGGUUCCUUUGGUCGCGUCAUGAUAGUUCAGCACAAACCAACCAAGGAGUAUUACGCUAUGAAGAUAUUGGACAAACAGAAGGUCGUAAAGCUUAAACAGGUCGAGCACACGCUCAACGAGAAGAGAAUACUGCAGGCUAUAAGCUUUCCCUUCCUGGUAUCUUUGCGUUUUCAUUUCAAGGACAAUUCGUAUCUUUAUAUGGUGCUCGAGUACGUACCCGGCGGCGAGAUGUUCAGUCACCUGCGCAAGGUCGGACGAUUUUCCGAACCCCAUUCUCGUUUUUACGCGGCACAAAUAGUCUUAGCUUUCGAGUACCUACAUUAUCUCGAUUUGAUCUACAGGGAUCUCAAACCGGAGAAUCUCUUGAUCGAUUCGCAGGGGUAUCUCAAGGUCACGGACUUUGGUUUCGCAAAGAGGGUACAAGGUAGAACGUGGACCCUCUGCGGAACACCGGAAUAUUUGGCACCGGAGAUAAUAUUAAGCAAGGGAUAUAACAAAGCGGUGGAUUGGUGGGCCUUGGGUGUUUUGGUAUACGAAAUGGCAGCAGGUUAUCCACCGUUCUUCGCGGACCAACCGAUACAAAUUUACGAGAAGAUAGUCCACGGAAAGCCACGUUAUCCGUCGCACUUUGGUUCGGACUUGAAAGAUCUUUUACGUAAUCUCUUGCAAGUCGAUUUAACCAAAAGGUACGGCAAUUUAAAGGCUGGAGUUAACGAUAUCAAGGGACACAAGUGGUUCGCGAGUACCGAUUGGAUAGCCGUCUUCCAAAAGAGAAUAGAAGCACCCUUUAUACCGAAAUGUAAAGGCCCUGGAGAUACCAGCAAUUUCGAUGACUACGAAGAAGAAACUUUAAGGAUCUCGGUGACGGAGAAGUGUGCCAAGGAGUUUGCCGAAUUUUGAAUGGGUAUCGUCAUCAUCGUAUCGAGAUCGGUUUUACUUGCUGAUGUAGUAGUCGCCGUCACCACUAUCAACAUCACUACAACCGCCGCCGCCGCCGCCACCGCCGCCGCUGCUGCUGCUGCUGCUGCUGCCGCCGCCGCCGCUGCCGUUGUUGCUGCUGCUGCUGCUGUUGUUGUUGCUGUUGCUGCUGGUAGAUUGCUGCUGCUGUUGUCGUCGUCGUUGUUUUAUCACCGACGAUGAUACUACCGAUCGUUCGUUGUCGUCGUCGCCAUCCUCGUCGUCGUCGUCGUCGUCGUCGUCGUCGUCGUCGUCGUCGUCGUCGUCGUCGUCGUCGUCGUCGUCGUCGUCGUCGUCGUCGUCGUCGUUAGGCCCUUCCAUGUCGAUCGCGAGACGACGAAGGGAAAGUGCGUGUGUGCGUGCGACUAAUGGAAGUCAUGGAGUUCCAUGGAUCACAAGAUAUUGCGACCAGGUAUCGCGUAUUCAGAUUAAGGAAGAAAGUGAAUAAAUAGAUUUAGAAUCACGAGAAUGGGAAAGGAAAAGGGAAA